AUGGAGCAGCUUCGUGCUGAAAACGCACAGCUCACACAACAGGCAGCUGUGCUGGGUGCCCAAGUGGCUCAGCUCCAAAUUCACACUGUUCCAUCACUGGCUCAGAGGAAAUGCCCUGUUGCAGUGCCUGAUAAAUUAGAUGGCAACCAAGUCAUGUUCCCGGCUUUUUUGGGACAAUGCCAGCUAUUUAUCAGUUUGAGAGCAGAGGAUUUCCCCACUGACCGAGAUAAAGUGGGGUUUAUGAUUAGCCUGGUCUCCAGCUCUGCAGCUCAUUGGGCUACCCCACUGUUGGUCCAUGCUAGCCCUCUGCUGGAUGACUUCAUGGAGUUUUGUGACCACCUCAGGCUAAUGUAUGAAAACCCCAUUAAGAUGGAGAUGGCUACCUGA